AUGAAAUUACUCGAAAAUUCUAAAUUAGAAGCAAUUAGUUCAACACUUUCUAUUGAUACACUAGUUUGUGAUAUCACAACUCGUGUGGAAAGUUAUUCAUGUAAAAUGGCUGGUGAUCCAAAAAAAUUAUAUAAACAAUUAAGAAAUGAACCUGGUACAUCACCACAUGAUCUUGAAAUUCUUGGACCAUCACAAACAAAAUUAUCAUCAUCAUAUAAUUCAAAUUUUUUAACAACAUCACCACAAAUUUUACAUCCAUAUCCAAUAGCAAGAUCAAUAUCAAGUGAUGAUGAAUCACCAUUAGUUAAAACAAUUCCACGAAAAACACUUAUUUUUUUAAUAUCAACAUUAAAUGCAACAUUUCAACCUGAUUAUGAAUUUAGUUCUUGUACAAGUCAAGAUUUUAGUCGAGAAACUAAUUUUGAAUUAGUUAAAACUGAAGUAGAUUCUCGAUUUCUUUCAAGUAUAGGUGAUCAUUAUCGAUCAUUAUCACCACAAUUAUGGUCAGUAAUUGAUGAAGAAAUAAAUAUAAAAGAAAGUGAAAUAUUUAGUUAUCGUCCUGAUGAUACAUCAGAUCCAUUUUCUGAAAGUGGAAUUAUUUGGUCAUUUAAUUUCUUUUUUUAUAAUCGAAAACUUCGUCGAAUUCUUUAUCUUACAUGUCGAGCUGAUUGUAAAACAUCAACAAAUGAUGAUGAUAAUGAUGAUGAACCGUUAGAAUCAAAUAAUUAUGUAACAUUCGAAGGUGUUAUGGAUUGA